UUGGCCCAGUCCAGUGACUAACGAUGUGUCGUGUGUCGUGAUAAAACCUUCCGGCGUGUAUAAACACACUAUUUCCCAAACAAUAAACAAUUAAACUCCCCCUCAAACAGUCCCUAAAAUGUUCUGUGUGUCGAGGUCCCUUGACUCCAUGGAUUCACGUUACUGAGCGUCAAAAUAACAGAUUCCAAAUGGUCGAGUUCUGAGCACCCCCAGGAGACCCAGAAAGCCCCCCAGAAGGACGCCGCCCAGGAGGAAAGCCCACUACUCCCCCAGUUUUCAUAAAACCCCCCCGAAGUGAAAAAGCAAAAAAGACUCUAAAAAACACCGAAAACCGUAAAGUGCGCUCGUAAUAAUGGCAGAGGAGGGUGUGGAGGUGAAGCAAGUGGGUCCCUCAUCACCUCGCAGUCCCCACACAUCAGUGCAAAAGCCACCGAGUCCCCGAUCCCCCAGACACGCCAGAAGGAUCAAAUUAACAGAUCAACAGUUGGAGACAACAACUAAAGAGGAAUUGGCAGCCAAGUGGCGUGAACAGGACUUGUAUAUCGAGUGUCUUGAGGCACAGUCGGCAGCCCAGGAAGGGGAGUUGGCGAGUUUGAGGGAGUCUGAGGAUAAAUAUCGACAGCAGUAUGGGGAAGCGUCACACAGGGAGAAGAUACUUGUGAGGAGACUCGCUUCCAAGGAGCAGGAGUUACAGGAAUAUGUGAAUCAAAUAGCGGCAAUGAAAGCCGCCCAAUCACCGUCCGCUUCAUCUCUACGAUCGACAUUAUUGGAUCCAGCUGUCAAUAUUUUAAUUCAAAGAUUGCGACAGGAGUUGAUAACGACAAAGGCCAAGCUUGAAGAUACGCAGAAUGAAUUGAGCGCGUGGAAAUUCACUCCCGACAGCAAUACUGGUAAGAGACUGAUGGCCAAGUGCAGACUUCUUUAUCAAGAGAAUGAGGAACUCGGUAGGAUGAUAGCCAGUGGGAGAAUAGCCAAGUUGGAGGGGGAGUUGGCACUGCAGAAGAGCUUCAGUGAGGAAGUUAAAAAAUCUCAAUCUGAGCUCGACGAAUUUCUCCAGGACCUCGACGAGGACGUGGAGGGAAUGCAGAGUACAAUUUACUUCCUCCAGCAAGAAUUACGUAAAGCACGUGAAUCAGUGACCCUCCUGCAGCAGGAGAAUGCCUCUCUAAAAUCAACGAGUGAUCAAAAUCUGUCAAACGGUCUGUCCCCGCACACUCCACCUCUCAAAAAAGAGGAUAACGACGAUGAUGAUGUUAAAAGUGAAAUAAACAAUAUGAAAUUGGAUAAUGAUACCAGUGGUGGGUGUAAAAUUGGUGCAAGAACUCCACCGUUAAUGGAUGAUAAAACGACUGUUGAAAAAUUAGAUACUAAUAUCGAUAAUAAUGACGAUAGUUCGAGUGAUUCAGCAGCAUUAAUUAUUAAAGUUGAUAAUGAAGAAUUGACAGAUCGUGAGUAUGACGAUGAUGAUGAUAAAAUGAAGAAAAAAAUAUGUAGGACUAAAUGUGGUAAUACUAAUGCUAAUGCCAAUGGUGAUGAGAUUAAAACACGGUGCAGAGACAGAACUAAGAGGGAUAAUUGUGAUGAUAAUGAGAGUGAUGAUGAUAGAGUUAAAAUCAAGAAGAAAAAAAAAAGUGACAAUUCGAUGGAUUUUAAUGAUGCCGAUGAUGAUGCCAUUGUUAUUACCAAUGGGGAAACAUUGCAGAGUGAUCCUGAAUGAAGUUUCAUUCUUGUCAUUGAGUGAACAAGUUUUUCCCCGUUUUUUUUUCAUUAUUCAAAGAAAUAUAUAAAUUUUUAUGGAGAAAAAACCAUUCAUUUGUCGUGAAAUUUGAGUUUCGAGGCUGGGUGAUGAGCAACGUGUAAAUUUAUAAAUAAAUAAUUGAUAUUAAAUAUUAAUUGAAAUACUUGUGUAUGUAUGAGAAAUUUAUAGAUAUAUUAUUAUAUAAUAUACCAGAGAAAUGAACAAAUAAUUAAGAAUUAUUGAGGAUUUAAUUAUUGUGAGCAGUGGAUCACAAAAUUCGAGGUUUCACGGUUGAAGAGGGAAAUGUACUAAUUUUUUUUUCGAAAUUUCUCAUUCUUCCGUUGGUUUUUUUAUGGCACAAUUGUACAAAUCGAGGAAAAUAAAAAAUUUAAUAAUUUUUACAGGUGAUUUAAAUGAAUAUGUAAUUACGGAAGAAUAAAGAAGAACAACAAUUAUUGUUUUAU